AAGGGGGGGUUAUCGGGAACUUUAUGAUAUGACAGCAGUGCAGCUGAGAUCCAACUAACUGGAAAGGAGGGUGAUCAUCGAGGCCAAGAUCUUCAUUUAACGCCAUCAGUGUCACAUUGCUUUUUCCUUCUCUCUUUGUUUCUUCUUUUUUCUCCGACGUUCAUUACUCGUUUUUCUUACCAUCCUUAAACUUUCGGCGUUACCUGAUCGACAAUGGCGGAUGCACCAGUGCCGGUGUUUUUCGAGCUGAGCUGGUCUAUCCUGAUGACCAUCUGCAUGGGAAAUGUUCUGCUGGGAUGUCUCGUCUGCGGUAUCACCAACUGGACGCUCCUCGCUGCUGUGCCGAUGCUUUCGUCAGCGGCGGGAGCUGUCGCUAAUGGGUUGUGUUACUAUGUGUAUUAUCAGAAGCAUCCUGCUAUGAUGCUUGCGAUCGCUUCGGUGUUUGCUGAUAUAUUCUGGCUGCUGCAAGAAGCCGGUCUUCUUUUCUAUAGUUACAUCAUCCUGAAACGAGUCCUUCGAGGUACGCGAUGGAGGGUCUUCAUGUCGCUUUUCUGGUCAGGCAUUGCCGGCAUUUGUGUCGUUCGCGUCGUCAUCAUCACCUUCCGAGUCCGAUCCAUCCUCGCCGGCAAUGAGGAUCUCUUGGCUACCAUCAACCAUAUUCACAUCGCCUACUUCGGUCUCAUCGCGUCGCUUGAAUGCCUCAGCGCAUACUUCCUCAUCGUUCUCUUCACGUCGGCCAAGACUUCAUCUGCUGAGAUUGCGCGCAAUGGUGGUCUUUUCCAAUACUUGGCUCGAAGCACGGAAAUGAGAGUCGCUCUUCUGGCUCUGCAGGGUACGCUUCGCGCUGUGACGCAUUCAUUCAAGACGGCUGGCCAGACGGCGGAGAACAUUGCUACCCAACUGGACCGAUUCUUCUACGCCGUCUUCUGCCUAUACUCCAUGGUGUUAUACAUCGAUCUUCUUUCGUCCAAACUCAAGUUCAAUGGCACCCAGGAUUACCCCUCCUCUCGUGAUCGCUAUGUCCAUCAGAGCAGUCAACCUGGUCGCUUCACCUCAACACAAAAGGAUGACUUUGCCCAAAAUAGAACAGAGCAUGUUGUCGGCGUUGAUGGCGGCACACGCACGCAUAAGACACGAAAUGACUCUACAGACCAUAUUAUUGAAGGCGGCUCUUCACAGGGCGAUGGGUCGAUUAACCUUGAGGAUAUGGACCUCAAGGGUAAUGUUAUCAAGAAGACGGUCGAGUUCAGAGUUGUGUAGAAUAUUUACCAUUUUCGUUCGGCGUGUUGAAGAUACCAGGUGUAAUGUUUAGCUCAUUUCAAUAUAACUUUGUAGUAGUUAGAUAGCAUAUCUCAAGAUUAAUGAUUGUUGAUGACGAGGAGUGGUUACUCCACAAAGUGAUCGGCUCGGAUCGUGAGAUCGGUUGAUAUCUUCCGAACCGAGUAACAACUAACAUUGCUGUCCAUGAGUCAGAAACAAGACGAUCCGGUAGAAUGGUAGAAGACCCCUUUUUGUAUCCACUGAUCAGCGUCCCGCCUUGUGGUGAUCUUGAAGCCAAGCCAUCGCCGUAUUCGGGCCUAGGCAGAAGCUGAAACACCGGAGAGCGGGAAGAUCGUCAGCACUGGAGAUUUAGAGAGCUUCGUCUGAGCUGCGACUUUGAAGAGUAAUGGCCAAGCUGAAAGUAUGCUGGCAGGAUAAACUUGUAGUAGAUUUAAAAGCUAUUAGAAGAACUAGAGUAUAAGUCAGCUAUAUUUAACG